AUUUUUCCGGGUUCACGAGCAUAGUGAUUUGACUGCUUUUAGUGAGAAAUCGAGAGAAGAAAGCAAUCGACUGAAAUUGAAAAGCAAUACAAAGAAAUAUUGGCGCUGAGGAGAGCGUACUUACAAACGCAAGACAUCUGUUGAUAAUUGAGAUGAACCGGGCAGCUGUGAAAGGGAGGUUCUGAUGUAAAAGGAAGCAAUGGAAAUGGAAGCCAUACUGGGAAGUCUGUGCAAGCGUAACGGCUUCAGGAUUCCAUGCCUGGUCUUUUGAGAGAAAGUACAAACUACAAAUCACAGAGCACCCACUAGUAUACAGUUAAAGCAACUGUUUUAUGCUACACACAGAAUAUAUAGUAAAAUGACAUGCUAAAGUUUAUUCAGUUAUAAAUUUGAUGGUUAUAGGUGCGUAUGUCAUCUGCUCUACUGUGCUGCUACUCCUGUUCGAACCAAGUUAGAACACACACCCAGUAAACUCACUAGCACCCCCCUUCCCCCACCUCCCCACUGCAAACAACCUUCCGCGGGUCAUGACCAGUCCACCUCCUUUUAAAAUCCCAAAUUAAUCUCUGUGCAAGUAUCCCCAUAGAAUGUUCCUCUGAUUUCUAGUUGUCCUUUUUUGUCUCUGGAUCCAUCGUAAUUGACGUUGUUGGUCGACUCCUGAAACUGCUCAGACAUCCCAGUCAUGUAACACGGUCUUAUGACCAAGAAGAAAUGCAUUGUUAAGAAACCCAUUCAUUACUUCUCGUUCUUAAAUGUGCACACAGCUGCAAGAUGCCCACAGCAAGUGAAGUGAGCAGUUGCCUUUCCCCAGAUGUGCAUUAUAUGGUCUGUAAACUUGGACUGGAAGAAGGAGAAAAGACAGACAUUGGGAAUAUUGUGUCACCAACUGGUAUCGUUUCCUGGGAUGUCAUUACAGCAUGCAUAGUUUUCAGUGAAACAGAGGAUCGCACCAUUGACUAUGUGAAAAGUGUGAGGCUCUUGGGUCCGGUAUGUGAGGCUGUCCAUCUGAAUUUACUGUCACUGACUCCAGAUCAGUUUGAAAAUCUGUAUGGGUUUUGGUUUGAAUGGACCAAUAAUAAAAAGUUAUUUCUUGAAGGUUUUUACUUGGUGACAUCCUCAGAGAUAACAAGUGUGGCUCUUGGGUUAAUGAAGCUUACGUCAUGUCUUGAACGAGCUUUGGGUGACGUGCACCUUUUGCAAAGCAAGGAGUGUCCCUUCUUGUUCAGAGACCUGCUGUUAUCUGAAGAGUUAGCACAGAUCUUUGGACAGUCUGUGAUGGAUGUCUUGUGUGUGUUUGUGGGGUCUCCCAAAAGCUUGAAUCUUCGAAACAUCCUUUGGCACGGAUUUGCUUCACCCCAAGAAAUUCCUUUAAAAUACUUCUCUAUGUUGCUGCUGUUAACAGCUGGACUUGGACAGUUACUUCAGAAGACCCUUUACCAGACUGGAUGCACUUUGUUCCAUCGGGCCCCUUUCAUUUUUACUCAACUGGAUGAGCUGCUUGUUUUUCCAGUCACAAAUGCCACCGUGACUGUCAUUUACUGUCCUGGAUGUACCUUAUUUGUGCAAAAUAUCUACCUGUGGAACAGGAAAACUGUACGUAUUAAACGCAAAACAUCUGCCUGUGGAUCAAGAAAACUGUAUGUAUGUAUUUUUUACACAUUCCCCCAUUAAAACCCAUGGUUGGCAGGGACAUGCCUCCUCAAUAUGUUCUAAAUGAAACUCAGGAUCUGUUAUAAGUGGAGGCACCUGUGUGUGUGUGUGUGUGUGUGUGUGU